CAUUCAUAUUGUUUUCUCAAUCUUCUCAAAAUCAUAUAUAAAGCUUCUGAUUUUUUUCAGUUUUACGAGUGCUCAUGAAUCUUGCUUGGUAUUCUAUGUCGUUCAGCCUUCCCAAAUAAACAAGCAUAACUAUUAGAGUUUACAGUUUACACACAUUACAAGAAGGCCGGUUAUGUGCAGGAAAUAACGGUUAACCGUUCUCUGUUGCCCCUGCAUUGCUCGCUAAAAUAUUUGGUAGGAAAAUCAUUCCACACAAACCAAAUCAGAGAGAGAGAGAGAGGAGGAUUGUGGGAAUAAAGAACCCAUUUGCUCCUCUGCUUUGCCUUUACCAAUUCCUCCUCUCUCAUAUCUGAAAAUGUCUCUCGCGCCAAAAACCAGGGCAGAUGCACGCAAAAGCCAAUACAAGAUGUCUGUUGACAGUGAGGAGGCCCGUCGCAAAAGAGAAGAUGCUAUUGUUCAGAUUAGAAAAUCUAAACGAGAAGAAAAUUUACAGAAAAAGCGCAGAGAAGUGAAUGCCCACAUGAACGAUGGUUAUCAUCCUAGUUCUCCUUUGGAGGAAAAGUUGAAAAAUCUUCCAGCCAUUGUUCAUAUCCUUGGCUCUGAAGACAUUAAUGCUAAAGAGGCGGCUGUUGUUGAACUCAGGAAGCUGUUGUCUAUAGAACGCAAUCCCCCAAUCGAUCCUGUCGUCAGGGCUGGUGUAGUUCCUCUACUGGUUGAGAUUCUCAAGAGGAUUGAUAUGCCUCAGCUUCAGUUUGAAGCAGCUUGGUCUUUAACAAAUAUAGUCUCUGGAACAUCCGAGCACACUAAAAUUGUCAUUGAUCAUGGAGCAUUGCCUGUAUUUGUCCAGCUUCUUACUUCCAUGAAUGAUGAUGUUCGAGAACAGGCUGUCUGGGCUUUGGGAAAUAUUGCUGGAGACUCUCCUGCUCACAGAGAUCUUGUGCUAAGCCAUGGAGCAAUGAUCCAUGUCCUUGCCCUAUUUACUGAUAAUGCCAGAAUUUCAAUGAUAAGAAAUGCUACAUGGACUCUGUCGAACUUUUGCAGAGGAAAACCACAACCACAAUUUGAUCAGGUUAAAGUUGCCCUGCCAUGCCUUCAUUCACUUAUUCAUAUUCCAGAUGAUGAUGUGCUUUCAGAUGCAUGUUGGGCUUUAUCAUACCUAUCUGAUGGCCCCAAUAGCAAGAUUCAAGCUGUAAUUGAAUCAGGUGUUUGCCAGAAACUGGUUGAGCUUUUGGGGAACCUUUCAUUUAUUGUUCGUGUUCCUGCUUUAAGAACUGUGGGAAACAUUGUCACGGGUGAUGACGUUCAGACUCAAGCCAUUAUUGAUGCUCAGGCUCUUCCUCGUUUAGUGCAUCUUCUCAUGCCCGAUCAGAAGAAGAACAUAAAGAGGGAAGCAUGUUGGACAAUAUCUAACAUUACUGCAGGGAACAAAGAUCAGAUUCAGGCUGUUAUAAAUGCAAAUAUUAUUCCGCCCCUUUUAUACCUCUUGGCUAAUGGUGAAUUUGAGGUGAAGAAAGAAGCAGCUUGGGCGGUUUCAAAUGCCACUUCCGGUGGAACUAAUAAUCAGAUAAAAUACCUUGUUGGUCAAGGUUGCAUAAGGCCGCUCUGUGAUCUUCUUAUUUGUCUAGAUUCAAGAAUUAUAUCAGUUUGCCUUGAAGGCCUAGAUCACAUACUGAGAGUGGGUGAAGCUGAAAAGGAUAUGGGCAACACAGGAGGCGUUAAUAUGUAUGCACGCCUUAUUGAGGAUGCCGAAGGAUUGGACAAAAUUGAGAGUUUGCAGAUACAUGAAAAGGCAGAGGUUUAUGAAAAGUCAGUUAAGAUCCUUGAGAUGUAUUUUGCUGAUGAUGAAGAAGAGGAAGAGAUGCAAGCAAUGGCUAGUGCACCUCAGGAUCACUUUAGUUUUGACUCAAACCAGACUGCAGUUCCCCCCGGUGGAUUUCACUUCAUGUAGAUUGGAAAUUCAAACUGUCUAAGUCAUACGAGGGUCUGACUCAGAGAGAUCUGUUCUGCUAGAUCAGACAUCUUAAAUUUAAUGGUUUGUAACAAUGUGCUGUAAAAGACACAAAAUUUCUUGUGUCAUACAAAAGUGACUGAAGACUACUUGGCGUGUUGAAAACAUUUUACCACCUGAGUUUUGGCAUAAAUGAAAUUCAAAUGCUUGUCUGUACUGAGUUA